UUAUCUAUUUAUUUUUUUAGAAUAUUGAAAAUGCCUUCUGAAGUUGCUCAAAAAGAAAACGAAGUUGUUGUAGAAUGUAAAAAAAUUGUAGAAAAUCAAGUUAUAAAUAACAAAUCCAUUAAAGAAAAUUUAGAAAACUGCAUAGUUACCAAUAGUAUAACAGAAGGACAUGUUGUUGCUGAAGAUAUUUCAAGUAAUGAAAAUAGUAGUAAAGAAACUAUUCAAGGUCAGAAUAAUGCAGAUUCUACAGUAGAAACAGAAAAUGAAAAUAAAGAAAAUGAGGAGCCUGUCACUGAAGAUUUAGAAUCCAAAAAGAAGCGCGCUGAAGAACUUUUAGCAGCUGGUAAACGAAGCUUAGCUAUCAAAGACUAUCAAGCUGCCUCAGAUGUUUUAAGUGAAGCAUGUAGUCUUUUUGGAACAGUUUAUGGUGAAAUAGCUGAAGAAUGUGCUGAAGCAUAUUUUAAGUAUGGAUGUGCUCUUCUUGAACUUAGUAAAGAUCAAACCAGUCCUGUUGGACUUGAAGAAAAAGAAGAAGAUGAUGCUGAUGAAGAAGAAGAAGAAGCAAAUUCUUCUGAUUUAAAAGGGGUAAAUUCUGAUGAAACAAAUAAUGAAAAAAUUAAUGACCAAGAAGAAAUUUCAAUUACUAAUGGGAAAGCUGAAAUUAAAAAAAAUAAUAGUGAUGUUGAAAUGAAUAAUGCCAAUGAUGAAACCAAUAAUGUUACAACAAAUGGUGAAGACAAUCAAAAAUUAGUUAAAGAACGAUCCAGUAUGACAAAUGUGAUUGAAACAAGUAUAACAGAAGAUGAAGAAGUCGAAGAAAAAGAAGGUAAAUUGGAAGAAAUGGCAGUUGAUAUCGAAGAAAAACAAGAAGAAGAGGAUAUUGCUGAUGAUGAAGAUGUGAAUGAUUUACAAGUUGCCUGGGAAAUGCUUGAUUUGGCUAAAGUAAUUUAUAAAAAAAUGGACACUGAAGAAGCCAAACUUAAACUUGCAGAAGUUUUGAUGAAAUGUGGUGAUGUCAGUAUUGAAGAUGAAAAAUUUGAAACUGCAAUUGAAGAUAUGACAGAAGCCUUAAAUAUAAGAAGAUUAUUAUUGCCUGGAGAUAGUCGUAUCAUAGCAGAAACUCUAUUCCAGUUAGGUAUUGCACAGGAAUUAGGUGGAAGUGGUGAACGUGCUGUUGAAUUGAUGAAAGAAGCAGCAACUGUUUUAGAUCAAAGAAUCAAAAACCUUGAAAGCUCCAAUAGUGAUGAAAAAUCAAAAGAAGAAAUUGCAGAAAUUAAAACUGUAAUACCUGAAAUUCAAGAAAGAAUAAUUGAUAUCAAUGAACGUAAGAAAGCUGCUAUUAGUGCAUUACUUGCAGCAGUUGGUGCUGCCAAUGAAGGAACAAAAAAUGGUUGUGAAUCAUCAUCAUCUAAAGAAGUAUCCAAUAUCAAUCACUUAAUUCGUAAAAGACCUAAACAAAGUGAUUCUGAUGAAACUCCAAAUAAAAUUCCUAAAAUUGAAGAACCCGAUGAUAAAACUCACUGAAUUUUCUUCAGUUUAUGUUACGCUGAUCAACUUAACAUAUAUUCUCUCAUUUGUUUGAAAGGAUUUUUUUUUUACUAUUUAACUUUCAUUUGUAAAUCUAAAUUUUAAGUGAAUUAUUAUCAUUUAUUUUUAUUUGUCAUUGCAUUAAAUACUAAGACUGUAUAACAUAUUUAUUAGUUUUAAUAUACAUUUGCACAUUA